ACCAAAAAGUUUAUGGAGAAAUACCCAACCGGAAUUUGACUACUUCAGAGUCAGCAGCCAUUAGCGGUGGGCGGCAUAGUUUAGGGCUUAGUAUAGCGAUGAUGCAGAUUGAUGAAAUCAAGACACAGCAAGUAGUAGGAGAAGACGACGAUGGCCCGCCACCGGGUUGGCAACCCAUCCAUACGCCACCGCCACAACCGCCUCCACAGUCACAGUCACGGUCACGGUCACCACCUCGAUGUCCAUCCACUGAUCAGGUUGGACAAGUUAAGUGUGGGGGCUGUGCAGUAUUGCUAAUGUACCCAUAUGGUGCUCCACAAGUUAGGUGUUCCUCAUGUCGAUUUGUGACAGAAAUUGGGGCACACAACAAGCGACCUCCAUGGUCUGAACAACAAAGGAAACCAACCCUACCUAAAACUGCUUGUUAGUGAUCAGUUUGUUUGCUCAUUAUAUGGAUGAUCCUUAUGUUGUCACACUUAUUGAUGAGAGGAUUUGGAUAGUUAUACUACUCAGGCUGAAAGGCCUACAGAAAACAGAUGGCUUAUACAAGAGCUAUACGGUUUAAAGUCUUCAAGAGGAUGUUAGAGCUGGCAACCGUGUAUGAGAACGGCAGCAGCAGCAAGUGGAGUAAGGCAUCAAAAUCAGAGCAAAUUAUGUAUAGGGAAAAUUAUAUGUCUUAACCACAUAUUGCACUGAAUAAUCACAGUUUAUGACUUAUCAUACUCACAUCGUAUGGAAUUUGUCUUCUAAACAUUAUAUAUCCGUCAGUUGACUGUAAUGAAAGAUUAAAAUGAAAUAUAUUUACUCUGUUGUUUUUACUACUGA